CCGGCUCAGGAUUCGGAUCCCCACCCAGAACCCCCGUCCUCCUCCGCCGCCGCCCCUCCAAAAUAGACAUGGCCCUCUCCGCCGAGCGCUCCCGCUACGACUGCGACGCCAUCGAGCGCCAGGGCCUCGACUUGAUGGAGCCGCGCCCGGUGGAUCCGGCUUUCGCGUUCGAGCCUCUGACGCCCGCCGGCCUGGAUGCGUGGGGGGCAAGCGGAGCGGGGUGUCGGCUUUCUAGCGCGAGUGCGUCUUGCUAUUCGGAGAGUGGGAGCAGUUGCAGUGGUUAUACGCGGGAGGGGCGGAUGACGCAGCCGAAGUUUGUUAUGGGGGGGAUUUUUGAGGUCAUGGAGGGGAGGGCUUGACUUUCCUUUAUUCUAUUUUAUUGGUGUUGUCUUUUGAUGGGUAUUGGUUGGCGGUUUGUUUCUUGAUUUGUUUUCUGGUUGGGUAUGAUUGGGUUUGGUAU